AUGGCUCCUCUCUUUCCAGCGUCUGAUGAGUUCAAGGCCGCGUUGGCCGCUCGCCAUGUCGCCGCUCAGCCGUACGACGGCCCACCCUUUCCCUUCCUGCAGCUCCCCCGCGAGAUCCGCGAUGUGAUCUACGAGUACGCGCUCGUUAUGCCGCGCAACACGCCGCAGGACCCCGAUCUCUGGUGCGACGGAAAGAAACAGAACAAUGCCUUCGAGCCCGCCCUCGGAAACACCGUUCCCAUCCGCCUGACCCUCAUCGCCGACUUCCGGGGCCUCUCCGAAUGGACCACCAUUACCACCGACGACGGCGAUGAGGACAACGGCGCGAGACGGCGGCCGCCGCCGCGCCUCAGCACCCACCCGCCCUGCUUCCACCGCCCCAACCACAUCCCCCUCGCAACGGGCCUCCUCACUGCCUCCAGGCAGCUCGCGGCCGAAGCCCUCCCUGUGGUCUACAGCCUAAACGCCUUUGCCGGCUGCCCCCGUACCAUCCACCAUUUCCUGACCACUAUAUCUCCGCGCGCGGUGCCCCUCAUCCGCACCCUCCACGUCUGGGGCCUCGAGCCCCCCAGCCCCCCUCUGCACCUCAACCCCACCAUGGCCUUCUACCCGCGCUUCAACUACCAUGCCCUGCCCCCACCGCCCGACGACGGCGGCCUCCCGAAGCGCCGGUGCGGCACGACGUGGAACGCCGGGUACCGCGCCGGCGAUGAGCCGCGCGUGUUGGAGUUGAGCCCCGCGGCGACGGGCGUCCGGGAGCUGGGCCUGGUCUUUUGCGAGGAGCGGCUGGUCGGCGGGAGGAGGGCGGCGCGCGAGGAGGACGGCGGCUCCGCUUACGCCGUGGAUGCGCGCGAGGCGGCGGAGGUGGUGUGCGGGUAUGCGGGCGCAUGGGUCGAGGCGUGGGUGGGAAGGGAGAUGGAAGAGGGGAAGCGGGAAGAGGCGGUGGUGGUGGAGGAGUGCGUGGGGAGGGUGGUUAGGGUGGUUGCGGGGCCGGAUGGCUACAGAAGCUCAGAGAUUGAUGAGGGAGUGUUUCGGAGGGAGUUGGGGGCGUUGGUGCGGAGAAGGUUGGCAGAGAGGAGGAGUAGGUAG